CAAAGAAUUAUUGUGACUCUCACUUUUUUAUCAGCGCAUCGUCUGGCGAGACUGCGUUUAGUGCAUUUUGGAGCGUGCCCAGCGCCAGAUCUGGACAAAGAACCCGUCAAAGAUGCUGGACAAGAUGCUCUCGUUGCUGCUGCUGCUGCUCGGCCAAACGCAAGGCCUGGCCAUAACGAACGGCCACUGCCAGAAGAACAUCAGUGUCAAGUACCAGGUGCCAUUGACCAGGACACGUCUGCCCAGCAAUGCCAGCAGCAGCUCCUCCGGCGAGCAGUACAUUGUGUAUGAGGAGCGCAUACGCUGGGAUACGGUGCAAAUAUGUUGUCCCGGCUAUCGCACCAUUAUCUUCGGCUUCUGUGAGCCCAUCUGCCUGGAGGCGUGUCCGGCGCACAGCUAUUGCUUGGAGCCAAAUAAAUGCCGCUGCCUGCGCGGCUAUGAGCACUCGCAUCAUCCCAAUAAGCAGCAUCAAUUGAUUUGUCGACCGAUCUGCCAGGGUGGCUGUCCGGAGCACAGCCAUUGUGUCGCCCACAAUGAGUGCGAAUGCCGGCCGGGCUUUAAGGAUGUCAGCAGCUGGUUCAGUCUGAGUCUCAGCUGCGAGCGUAUCCAGUGCGGCCAGGAUCAGCGGUACGACAUCCAGCGACACGCCUGCGUCAAGAUCGAGAUGAGCAUGGAGGAGCUGAUGCAGCGGGUGGCCGAGCGUCUGGCCAAGGGUCUGGAGAGCGAGGGUGAAUCGCCCACCGAAGAGCAAGUGGACGAUAGCGUUUGAGGAGCCUACUUCAUAAGCCUCAUUGUUAUCUCUGUAUGCUAUGGAUUCAAUAAAAUGAG